UUUGACUCGACUCUUAAUAUCUGAUGCAUCUGUUCAACACAUUGUCAGAGUGAGCAACUGUUGACACAGCCGUGUUUGGGACCACGUUAAAGACGUCUAAGCCGCUUUUUUGGGUUUUUUUUCCAUCACUUUAGUUUUUAUUGAAAGUUUUUAGGUCAAUACAAACAUGGCAUCCGUAUUCAGGAGUAAACAUUGAAUUAUCUACAUUUACUUGCACACAAGCCCAACAGGGCAACUCAAAACAAACAAAAAAAAAACACACAAAAAACGGACUACAAGAGCUUCCUGUGGGUCUAACUUUCCAGUCUUAAGUGUUGUCAUGAAUUAUGUUGUCGCCUGUUUGCUCCUUAAACCAUGUCCAUUUCUCCCACUGGUCUUCCAUCCGAGAGUGCACCAUGCUGUGAUUCCCCAGUUAACCCACAAUUUGAAAACUGUAUCAUGCCUCGCUGGAGUAAAGUCUCUAUCAUAUGUGGUGUCCAGACAGAACCAACAGCAGCCAACAGGUUGUAGUGUGUUGUCUCUCCUCAUUCUGCUGGUGAGGUCUACACUCUGCUAUGGCUUUGACUGAGGAGGAAGAGGAGGGAGGUCCUCCCUCUGAAGCCACUCUGCCUGGGAAACAUGACAGCCAGACCAAACCUAAGAGCCCAGUCCAUCAGGAGAGACCAAACUCACCUGUGCCCGGCUGUGAACCCAUGAAGACAGACCAGUGUAUGGAAAUAGCUCUUACAUCCAAAGAUACUGAACAGAGCAGGACCCAUCAGGAGAGACCAGGCUCUAGUCUGCAGCCCUCCCCGGCUCUGAAGAGGGGGCAGAGCAGCAACCGGGACGACUCGGAAGAGGGGGGGCCAAGUACAAUUUGGAGAAAAGUGGGGAAGGGUGAAAAAAGAGAACAGGAGAGAGCAGACUCCCCUGUACCCAGCUGUGUGUCCAUGAAGAGUGACUGGUCUAUGGAUCUACCUCAUACAUUCAGAGAUGGACGCCCCUCUACUGAACAGAGCAAGAUCCAUCAGUGGAGACCAGACUCUAGUCGGCAGCCCUCCCCGGCUGGGAAGAGGGGGCGGAAGAGCAAUUGGGGCGAUUUGGAAGAGGGGGGGCCAAGUCCAAUUCGGAGAAAAAGGGGGGAAAAUGGAAAAAAAGAAAAGGAGAGACCAGACCCCCCUGUACCCAGCUGUGUGUCCAUGAAGAGUGACCAGUCUAUGUUUCAACCUAUUAAUUUCAAGGAUGGACCCCACUCUACUGAACAGAGAGACCACCAGGAGAGGUCAGAGGUUCUCAGUGGUCAGUCUGUCCAGGAGCAUCAAACAGACCUGGACUCCAUAUUUAUGCUGCUUGAGGAGAACCUUGUCACUUUUGUGAAGAAGGAGCUGAAGAGGUUCCAGAAGGUUCUGAGUUCAGAUUCCCCAGAGUGCUUAGAGAGACAGAGGGAAGAGGAAGAGGAGCAGAGGAGGAGCACCAGGGAGGCACUUCUGAAGAUCACACUGCACUUCCUGAGGAGUAUGAAGCAGGAGGAGCUGGCUGCCUCUCUGGAGAGCAAAAUCCUUGUUCCCAUGUGCCGGAGUAACCUCAAAGCAGCUCUGAAGGAGAAGUUUCAGUGUUUGUUUGAGGGCGUCGCUAAACCAGGAGAGUCAACACUUCUGAAUCAGAUCUACACAGAGCUCUACAUCACAAAGGGAGGCAGUGGAGAGGCCAAUAAUGAACAUGAGGUCAGGCAGAUUGAAACAGCAUCCAGGAAACCAGCGAGACCAGAAACAACGAUCAAAUGUGAAGACAUCUUUAAACCCUUACCUGGACAAGAUAAACCAAUCAGAACAUUGAUGACAAAGGGAGUGGCUGGCAUCGGGAAAACAGUCUUAACACAGAAGUUCACUCUGGACUGGGCUGAAGACAAAACCAACCACAAUAUACACUUCACAUUUCCGUUCACGUUCAGAGAGCUGAAUGUGCUGAAAGAUAAAAAGUUCAGCUUGGUGGGACUUCUUCAUCACUUCUUUAUUGAAACCAAGAGAGCAGGAAUCUGCAGCUUUGACGAGUUCCAAGUUGUGUUCAUCUUUGACGGUCUGGAUGAGUGUCGACUUCCUCUGGACUUCCAGAACAAUGAGAUCUGGACUGAUGUCACAAAGUCCACCUCAGUGGAUGUGCUGCUGACAAACCUCAUCAAGGGGAAACUGCUUCCAUCUGCUCGCCUCUGGAUAACCACACGGCCUGCAGCAGCCAAUCAGAUCCCUUCUGAGUGGGUUGACAUGGUGACAGAGGUGAGAGGGUUCACUGAUCCACAGAAGGAGGAGUACUUCAGGAAGAGAUUCAGAGAUGAGGAGCAAGCCAGAAGAAUCAUCUCACACGUCAAGACAUCACGAAGCCUCCACAUCAUGUGUCACAUCCCAGUCUUCUGUUGGAUCACUGCUACAGUUCUGGAUCACGUGUUGAGAACAGAUGAGAGAGGAGAGAUGCCCAAGACCCUGACUGAGAUGUACAUCCACUUCCUGGUGGUUCAGUCCAUCCAGGGGAAUGUGAAGUAUCAUGGGAGAUCGGAGACAGAGCCACACUGGAAUACAGACAGCAGGAAGAUGAUUGAAUGUCUGGGGAAACUGGCCUUUGAACAGCUGGAGAAAGGCAACCUGAUCUUCUAUGAAGCAGACCUGACAGAGUGUGGCAUUGAUAUCAAAGCAGCCUCAGUGUACUCAGGAGUGUUCACACAGAUCUUUAUAGAGGAGUGUGGGCUCUACCAGGACAAGGUCUUCUGCUUUGUCCAUCUGAGCAUUCAGGAGUUUCUGGCUGCUCUUUAUGUCUUUCUCUCAUUCAUCAAAACUGGAGUCAAUCUGCUGUCAGCAACACAGUCAACCUCCUGUAGGUCUAAACCACUUGGAGAUAAACGUAAAAAACCAGACCUUUACCAGACAGCAGUGGACAAGGCCUUAGAGAGUCCAAACGGACAUCUGGACUUGUUCCUGCGCUUCCUCCUGGGCCUCUCACUGGAAUCCAAUCAGAAUCUCCUACGAGGCCUGCUGGGAAAGACAGGAAGUAUGUCAAAGGCCAAUCAGAAAACAGUCCUGUACAUCCAGGAGAAGAUCAGUGAUGAUCUCUCUCCAGAGAGAAGCAUCAAUCUGUUCCACUGUCUGAAUGAACUGAAUGACCAUUCUCUAGUGGAGGAGAUCCAACGGUACCUGACAUCAGGAAGACUCCCCAAACGCCGACUCUCUCCUGCACAGUGGUCAGCUCUGGUCUUCAUCUUAUUGUCUUCAGAAAAGGAGCUGGAGGUGUUUGACCUGAAGAAAUACUCUGCUUCAGAGGAGGGUCUUCUGAGGCUGCUGCCAGUGGUCAAAGCCUCCAGUACAGCUCUGUUGAGUUCCUGUAAUCUGUCAGAGAGGAGCUGUGAAGUUGUGUCCUCAGUCCUCAGCUCCUCCUCCUCUAGUGUGAGAGAGCUGGACCUGAGUAACAAUGAUCUGCAGGAUUCAGGAGUCAAGCUGCUCUCUGCUGGACUGGGGAGUCCACAAUGUAGACUGGAAACUCUCAGGUUGUCGGGCUGUCUGGUCUCAGAGGAAGGUGUUUCUUCUCUGCUCUCAGCUCUGAGCUCCAACCCGUCCCAUCUGAGAGAGCUGGACCUGAGCUACAACCAGCCAGGAGACUCAGGAGGGAAGCUGCUCUCUGCUGGACUGGAGGAUCCACACUGGAGACUGGACUCUCUCAGGCUGGACCAUGCUGGAGUGUGCAGGUUGGAGCCGGGUCUGAGGAAGUAUGCCUGUGAACUCACACUGGACCCAAACACAGCACACAGACGCCUCCUUCUGUCUGAGGACAACAGAAAGGUGACAUGGGUGAUGGCGGAGCAGUCGUAUCUUGAUCAUCCAGACAGAUUUGACUCCUGGACACAGGUUCUAUGUAGAGGGAGUCUGACUGACCGCUGUUACAUGGAGGUACAGUGGGAAGGACUUGUUCAUAUAGGAGUGACUUACAGAGGAAUCACAAGGAGAGGAGGAGGUGAUGACUGUCUUCUUGGAUAUAAUGAAAAGUCCUGGGCUCUGUACUGUGAUAGUGGUAGAUACGCUGCCUAUCAUAAUUAUAGAGUAACAGAGAUAAGUAUCUCCCCCUCCUCUGACAGAGUAGGAGUGUAUCUGGACCGGUCUGCUGGAACUCUGUCCUUCUACAGAGUCUCCUCUGACACACUGACACACCUCCACACCUUCACCUCCACAUUCACUGAACCUCUCCAUGUUGGGUUUUGGGUGGUGUCACAUGGCUCCUCAGUGCGUGUGUGUGUGGGUUAGAUUGAGGAGGUAGAGACGCCUCCUGUGUCCUAGAGGAACACUCACACUCCUGCCCAAACACACCUGCUGACAUGAUAGAUCACU